AUGGGUCCCUGUACGGCCUCCCAUUGCUGCUGUCUCCAUCGCCCACACUCUGCCAUGUGCCACUUUCAGGUCUCCUCACACUGCUGGUGUGUUCCAUUUUUUGUCAUAGGGUGCUGUAUGGCCUCCCAUUGCUGCUGCCGAUCCCACCGCCACACUGUGGCUCCACAACUCUGGUUUUGGGCCCUUGACUGCCCAAAUGAGUGAAAGUGUGCGGUGAUUCUAAGAUCGACGGCACUCAUCUGCAUGUCAUACUGACUGUCAGUAUUAUUUCUCUUCCCCAGCAGACUCCAAGGGCAUUUAAUUAAAGGUACAGUGUUCUGCACAUAAUAUAA